UUUUGUGAUUUUGACAAUUAUUUCACAAGAAUUGUUUAAUAUUGAACAUAAAUAAUAAAAGUUUACUUUGUUUACGUUUUGAAACUGUAAUAAAUUAUCAAGAAAUAUUACCUCAGCAUCCAAACAUGGGUCGUCCUAAAGGAUCUAAGAAUAAAACAUCACCAUUGAAAGAGAAUUCAACACCUCAAAAACAAAAGCAAUUUGUUAAAAAUGAAAUAACGACUGAAAGUUCUACGGAAGUGUUUUCUUUAGGAAUUUUGGAGCAACCUUUGCUGAUGUGUCGAAGAUGCCAAGGAGCUUUUGAGACGCAAGAAGAAUAUGCACAACAUGACUGUCUUACUCAAGUUUAUCAGCUGGCUAUUGAGGAGACAGAUUUAGAUAAAUAUGAGGGAGAAGAAAGAUUCGAAAUAAUUGAAGAUGUCAAAGAAGAUAUUCAAGAUUCGUCAAAGAAGCAACGAAAGCCUUACAAAAAACGAAAACCGAAAUCUAAUGCUAACCCAGAACCAAAAGAACCUGUUCAGUGCACAACAUGUCAUAAAACAUUCACAAGAAAAUAUCAUUUGGAACGUCACUUAACGCAUACAAGUUGCAAUCCCGGAAACAUUGAACGACAAGAAUUUGCAUGUGAAGUUUGUGACAAGAAGUUUUCCAGGAUUGACAAUCUCCGUAUGCAUCUUCGUGCCCAUCUUGGUCAAAAGCCUCGUUCUCGUGACUUUCAAUGUCCUUAUUGUGAAAAAACUUUCUACGGAUCUUCAUUGUUGAAUAUUCACGUUCGUACUCACACUCGUGAAAAGCCUUAUAUUUGUACAUGGGAAGGUUGCGGCAAAGGAUUUCCAUCUUCAGGAGCGUUAACAAAACAUCGUCGAGUUCACACAGGUGAACGACCUUACCAAUGUCCCAUGUGCGGUAAUCGUUUUGCUGCUAAAGAAACACUGAAUCGUCAUGUUCGUACUCAUACUGGAAAACGUGAUCACAAAUGUUUGAUUUGUGGAAAAGAUUUCAUUCAAAAUACGCAACUUAAAGCUCAUAUGUUUUAUCAUAAUGGUGACAAUGCGAUGACAUGUGACAUUUGUGGUAAGAAGUUCAAUAGGAAAACACGAUUACGAGAACACUUAGAAUACAUUCAUUUAAAGAAGGAAAUGCCGUCUUGCCACAUGUGCAGCAAGAAAUUUAUGCGACGUGAAGAUCUCAAUCGACAUGUUGAGAUGCAUAUAGGUGAAAGAACUCAUCCUUGUGAAGUGUGCGAUAAAAAGUUUGUAACCAAAGCUGCAGUUCGCAUUCAUAAACGAAUUCAUCAGGUUGAAGAGCCAGCAAGAUGCAGCUAUUGUAACAAAGACUUUCUUCGAAUGGAUUGUCUUGUUCGUCAUGUUCGUGCAAAACAUCGAGAGACACUUCAACAAAUUAUUGUUGAAGCAGAGACGAAGAAAAUCAUCAAGACUUUGAAUAAGAGCGACGACAUUGAAAUAAUUUAUAUGAAGGAAGAGUCACAGCCGUCAUCUGAUGAAAUUUAUGAAGUUGUUGAGUACAAUGAGGACGAAGAGGAUGGAGCGCCAAUAUUCUUAGACGACAAACUGUUGACAGAACGAAUCUCAGAACUUCUCGAGAUUGUCAUAGAGAAGAGUUUACUUAAAGAGCUAGGAUUUGGGAAGAAACCGAUUGAUGAUGUUUUGUGUUCAGUUCUAGAGCAAUGCAGUCGAAAGCCAAUCUUAAAAAGUGAAACAGAUGACGAUGUUUCAACAAGAAUGCGCGAAAAUACAAAACAACUUUUUGCUUUAGUUCUUGAUGAAGAUCACAUUAAUUCACUUUUAAAUAAUUAUACAGUUGAUGAAUGUAUUACAAUUGUAUUGCGUAUAAUGGAUGAAAUUGUGGAGAUCUGUGGUGAAAAUGGCGCUUGGUACAAGGGGACCGCAAGUGAUGUACUGGACGAUGGUUUGAUGGUAUCAUUUGAAAAUGAUUGGCAGCCUGAAUCUAAGUUCCUCUUCAGUCAAAUUCGUCUACCACCAGAGCAAACAACAAUCAACAGCACAAGCUUUCAAGAAGGCAUGGAGAUAGAAGUCUUUUCACGAUCGAAUGAUCGAGAAGCUUGUGGUUGGUGGGCAGCUGCGAUAAAAAUGAUGAAAGGCGAUUUUUAUGUUGUUGAAUAUCUUGGAUGGGAUAACAGUUACACUGAAAUCGUGUCUCAAGAUCGUCUCCGUGUUAAAAAUCCUAAUCAACCGAUCGACAACAAAACCUUCUUCCGUUUCGAGAUUCAAGUGCCCGAAGAGUUACGUGAAUUUGCCAAAGUCGAAGGUGUUCAUAAGGAGUUUCAGAAGUCAUGUGGGGCUGGAUUAUGUCGCUACGAUGCAGUGAAAGGUGUGCUGGUCCUCUCCUCACGUCUUGAAUCAACACAAAAACGAGCUCUCAUGAUGCACGACAUGCACUUUCGCAAUCUAACACAAAAAGUGUUCCUGCUUAAGAAAACAGAAGAAGCCGCCCGCCAACUAGAAUCAACGAAACUUCACACGACUGGAGGGUUCAGCGAUGAGUUUCAAGUUCGAGAAGAUCUGAUGGGUCUGGCAAUUGGAGCACAUGGAGCAAACAUACAAUUUGCUCGUAAACUUGAAGGCAUUACAAAUAUUGAAUUGGAAGAAAAUUCCUGCACGUUUAAGAUUUCCGGCGAGAACAUGGAAGUUGUGAAGAAAGCUCGAAGUAUGUUGGAAUAUGGCGAGGAGUCGGUUAAUGUGCCACGAAAUUUAGUUGGAAAAGUAAUUGGAAAGAAUGGACGAGUGAUUCAGGAGAUUGUCGACAAAUCUGGUGUUGUGAGAGUGAAAAUUGAGGGUGACAAUGAACCGGAGCCGAUACAACCACGUGAAGAAGGUCAGGUACCCUUCGUGUUUGUUGGUACGAUGGAAAGCAUUGGAAACGCUAAAAUUCUUCUCGAGUAUCAUCUCAGUCAUCUCAAGGAAGUUGAACAGUUGCGACAAGAAAAGCAAGAAAUUGAUCAACAACUGCGAGCUAUUCAAGGGAGCGGAAUGAGUUCAAUGCAAAAUUUCCCAAUGUCACGUCGAUCGGAUCGUGCUUACAGCAAUGAUUAUGAUUCACGCUCAAAUCGUGGAUCAUCACGAGGUGGUCGUGGAUCAAAUCGUGGACGUAACAGCAUGGGAUCGAACUCUGGUAAUCCUCGUUAUAGUAACCGACGUGGGAAUGAUCGAGGUGAUGAGAAUAAUGAGGAAGAUUUCCAUCGUGGGAUUAGUUACAGUAACAGCAAUAAGUUACAAAGUGGACGCGGUUCGAAUCGUUCUACGGGUGGAAAUUAUUCGCAAUUAAAUAAAGGAAAAGGAGACUUUAGACGUGGUCCGAAAGAUGAGCAACAGCAUCGCGAUCAUGCAAGCUCAAUUGAUAGAGAUAGUCAAUCAUCCAACGAAAAUUCUAAUAGUAGACGUCGACGACGCAACAAUAGAAAUCAAACAAACGGUAACUACACAAGCAACAACACAGGCUCUGGUAAUCAUCCCAAUAACAGCACCACAUCAACCACAACCAGUACCGCCGCCGUCACAGCAUCGACUCCGGUAGAUGUCAACGCAAAUGAGAAAUUGUUAGCUCAACAGUCACAAACCCAAUCAUCACAACAACAACAACAGCAACAACAACCGACACCAGUAGCAUCGGCAAAUGCAACAAAUUCAUCUUCAAAUGGUCCACCACCAAAAGCUCAACGUGAACGUGCAAAUCGUACUGGAGGAAGCAGCGGUGGCGUUCGUAAUAAAAAAUCAGUUAAUCCUUUGAAUGAAACUAAGCAACCUAAUAGCGAAAAGCUCGUCAAUGGCAGCUCAUCAUAA